GUACUAUAAAUGGUAUGGACAUGUGGCCUGAACCUGAAAAUGCUGAAGAGCGACCAGAAAUUUUGCCACCUAUUUACAAAACUGGUCCAGGUAGGCCAAAGAAGGUGAGAAUUAGAGAAUUUGAUGAGGAUGGUGUUAGGAAGAGGAAAAGAGGUGUAAAAUAUAGAUGUACCACAUGUAAUAGUUUUAAGCACAAUGCAGCAACAUGUAAAAGCAAGACUCAAGACCCAGAAGCAAUGAACAGAAAGAGAAAACAACCAAGAGGCAAAGAUAAUACAAACAGUGAAUCCAAGCAAGACAAUGCAAACACUGAAAUUGCUGAACCAAUUGCAACCACUGAAGUUGUGAUUGAUGCUAGUCAGAGUCAAGUUGAAGCUGUCAUUGAUGCUAGUCAGAGUUUUUUUGAUGAAAUACCUGAUGAAGUUAUGGCAACAGUUCCUGAAAUCAAUCAUGAUGAUAUUCCAAAGAAGGCCAAAGCUGUGAAGGACAAUGCAGUAAAGGAUAAGCCAAUCAAGGACAAGGCCAAAACUGUCAAGAAAAAAACUACAAUGGUUGAACCUGAGAAAAGAAGACAAAGUGAAAGGCAGAAGGCUAAUUGGGUUAAAAAACCAACUAUAGGUCCUGGGAAAUGAAUCAAAGCUUGAA